ACUGGGAAUUUCUCCUGCUGUUGCUGAAGGGAUUUUAUCAGAGACAACUUCCAACUUCCAGACUACUCUUCCAACACUCUUUAUCCAAGGGAUUUCUGCUGCUGCUGAAGUAAUAUCCCCAGUGACAACUUUAAUCUACAAAGAGUCUAAGUGCAAGAUGCCACGGAAAAAGUCAUUCAGAAUGAGGCGUGCGCCCAAGACUGUGAGUACUGUGGUUGAUGUGCAGUGCUGCUGCGAUUCUAAAUUAGUUGGUGGAUUGGUGUGUGGUACCAAGCAUUUCAGGUUGCUCGACAGAAACAAUGAAAGAACAGAGAUUUGUAGUGUUUUAGGUCUUAUUAGGCAUAAAGUGUCAAAUGUGUGUACUUGGAAGGCUGGUGUGAUGGAUUCAAUUUGUGAUGAAGGAAGGAUACUUUUGGAGGAGAGGAAACCUACAAAGGGUUUGGCUGGUAGAUAUAAUGCUUUCAACAGAGUGGCUGAUGUUUCUCUAGGUAAAGUAAUACGUGGUUCUUGUGAUUACUUGGAGUUUUCUAGUGCUUUACAAGAGACAUUGCUUGAUCAACAGUCCUGUUUGUUAAACUUAGAUGGAUAUCACUGUGCAGUUGUGUAUCACAAUGAAUAUUUCAUUGUUUUGGAUUUUAACGCUUGCAAUUCUUCUGGUUUGCCGUGUGACUUUGGCGUCUGUGUAGCACAAUUUCACACUAGUCUGAAUGAAACCAUGCUGUUUUUCACAACAUUGCUUGAGAAGCUAAAAGCAAAGGUGUUCUCUGUUGCUAGUGUAAUGGUGAGGUUGGCUGAUGAACAGGUUUCAUCAAUGCAUUGUCCAAGUACUGCUAACGGUAUGCAUGAAAGUCCUGUGAAAAUCUCUGAACAAAAAGUCUGUGUUCCAGAAGGUGUUGAACUGAAGGAGUGUUAUGUUAAUUUGAAAAGGAUGGCAAAUGAUAAAGCUGGAAAGUCUACUGUGCAAACCCCCAAAAAAAGGAAAUUAGUCAAAAUGGAAGCUAUCCAUGAUUCAGAUGUUCAGUGUGAUAUAAACAGUGUUCGAUGUGUCCAGGGUUCUUUUCAUCAAGGGCAUUCUAGAUUUGGGAGAAACGGUGGGCGUCAAUGUGUGGCUAAUUCAUUAGCAGCUAUGGUAAUGCAUGAAAAGAAAAACGUCAUUGGGUGGAACACAAAAAAUCUAGACAGUGUUCUCAUUUCAGGAAACAAGUUUUAUUCAUUUUGUAGAACACAAGGCCUGAUUACUGAUGGUAGUGAAAAACAGUAUCUACUUGUAACAGACUUGCCACAAACAGCCAGCAUUGUUGAUUCUGAUUAUACUUUUACAUUUAGUGACCCCGUGGUAGGGGAUGUGAAUGUAGAGGAUGGCGAACUUCUCAGAUCAGGCAUUGCAUAUAGUUUAAUAAGUGGUCUAGAAAAAAUCUUUUCAAUGCAUGACAGAUGUUUUUUCACUUAUGAUCAGAGGACCUGUGCUAUAAUUCGCGUAAAUGAUCAGUUUGCUUUGAUUGAUUCUGACGCACGGGAUGUGUAUGGUAGGACAAACAGUCAGGGGAAAAGCAUUGUUCUGUACUUUUCUUCACUUCAUGACAUUGUUGCUUUGGUGCAUGAGUGGGUUUUAGAUAGAGAAACACUGCUUGAAUCAAAUGAUUUUGAGAUUACAGGGGUUGAUAUUUGUCCUGCUGUGAGUAAUUUGGAAAACAAUGAAAGUUGCUUGGAAGGAGUAGUGGGUAACACUAGUGAGUGCAUGUUGGUUGAUGAUUCUAGUUCUUGUGACUCCUCUGAAGAUACACAUGAUGUUACUUUCAUGAAAGAAAUGCCCAGUGUUAAAUAUCAGUUUAGUGUACUGUCUAAAGAUGUAGCUGAGGCUAUAUGUAAUAAGUUAAAUGUAAGUUUUGAAGAAAAGUCUGGUAUGGUGCCAGGCAGGUAUGGGGAUUUAGGCAAACCUUGUAGAACAGAAAACAUAGUGGGUGAUGGAAACUGCUUCUUCAGAUGUAUAUCACAAAUAGUCAGUGGUAAUCAGGCAUACCACCGUAGAUUUAGACUUGCUAUAGUAAAACACAUGCAGGCUAAUGAGGCUCAGUACAGUACAGACAUAAGACAGGAUUACACAUCCUUAAAGGAGUACUUGGACAGGUCUAGAAUGAAUUUUGUUGGAAGUUGGGCAACAGAAAUUGAAAUCCAAGCUGCUGCAGAUUUUCUAGGUGUAGAUGUUUACACUUAUACUAGUGAUAAAUGGCUGAAGUUUCACUGCAGAGGUUCAAAAAUCACAGAGGAUGGAAUUUUUUUGGCUCAUAGAAAUGGUAACCACUAUGAAACUGUUGUGUGCGUGAAACAUGGCAGUUGCCAUGAUUGCCAUAAGUUGUGUAAAAUACAUGAGUUGAUGAAUGCAUGCCCUUUGCAAACACGGGCUGUGGGAAGCAAACAAGCUAAUAGUCAGAGUUUGAUGAUGGAAGAUCAAAGUAACGAAAAAAACAAAUGCACAUUAAAAAGAAAAGAGACGGAUUUAAAACAUUUAGACAGAAAAAAAAAAUGUUUAAAUGUAAUUGAAACUGACUGCGGGAAAGUUACACAGAACACAGCAACCAAUGUAACAUUUUUGUGGUCAAGUCCUAAACAAAUAAAAUCUAAAUACAUGAGGGAAAAGAAAAAAAAUGAAAUGAAAAGACAGUAUAAAAUGAAUGUUAUACACAGAAACCAGAAGAAGAUGUACACUAUAAACAAGUACAAAAGAGAUACUGGUCAUCGUUUAAAAAUAAUUAUGUCUAGUAAAAUAAAGUAUGCCAAAGAUGAAAAGCAUAGGCUUGAUGUUCAGAAUCGCAGCAAAAGCAAGUAUGCUACUAAUACAGAAUUCAGCAAAGCAGUUCGAAAAUCUAGUAAAGAUAAAUAUGCUACUAAUACAGAAUUCAGCAAAGCAGUUCGAAAAUCUAGUAAAGAUAAAUAUGCUACUAAUACAGAAUUCAGCAAAGCAGUUCGAAAAUCUAGUAAAGAUAAAUAUGCUACUAAUACAGAAUUCAGCAAAGCAGUUCGAAAAUCUAGUAAAGAUAAAUAUGCUACUAAUACAGAAUUCAGCAAAGCAGUUCGAAAAUCUAGUAAACAUAAAUAUGCUACUAAUACAGAAUUCAGCAAAGCACUUCGUAAAAGAAGUAAAGAUAAAUAUGCUACAAAUACAGAAUUCAGCAAAGCAGUUCGUAAAAGAAGUAAAGAUAAAUAUGCUACAAAUACAGAAUUCAGCAAAGCAGUUCGCAAAUUUAGUAAAGAUAAAUAUGCUGGUGAUCCAGAGUUUAGGUGUGCGGUGCAUGAACAAGUAAAGACAAAACGCUCUGUUGUAAAACAAAAUCAACAAUGUUUCAGUCAAGUUUUAAAAGACUUUAAUUCUAUAAUAAGAGAAGGGCCAGAUUUUGUGUGUUGUGUUUGUCAUAGGUUGCUGUUUAAGCAUCAAGUGUCCCAUUGUAAAAUGGACAAGUAUAAGACUACAAAGGAAAUGCAGGCAGUAGCUGAGCAGUGUAUUACUGAAGACUAUUUGCAUAAGUUUGAUCAUGUGUGUGAUGUUCCAUGUCUCUGGUUGACAACAAGCAAGUGUCAGUUGUGGAUUUGUCACAAUUGUGAUUUUAAACUGUCUCACAGUAUAAUGCCUCCAGAAAGUGUUUUAAAUAACUUGCAGCUUGAACCAGUACCACCAGAGCUCAGUUGUCUUAACAGUUUAGAACAACAUUUAAUAGCUUUACAUAUUCAAUUUAUGAAGCUCUUAGCUUUACCUAAAGGAGCGCAAAAUGGUGUCCAUGGACCAGUCACAUGUGUUCCUUCAAAUGUUGUUGACACAACAAAUUUGCUACCACGAGCUAAUGUAGAGGGGUCUCUGUUGCGUGUUAAGCUAAAACGUAAGUUAACAUAUAAAGGACAUUAUGAAUAUAAGUAUGUCAACACUGAGCAUGUAAAGAGAGCAUUGCAGUAUUUAAAACAAAAUAACCCAUACUAUGCUGACAUAAAUUACAACGAAAAUUGGUUAAACGAAUUUGAAGAAGAAAGUCUAGAAAACAUGAAUGAAAAUAAUGAUUCAUCCCUUUCAAACAACGUCCAAAUAGACACAGAGCAAUCUAGUGAAACUCAAUGUUAUAUAGUAGACAAUGAAUUAAAUCAGCAGUUACCUACUCUUGAAACAAAUAAUGGUUUCAGUGUUGAAGAGACAGAACAACCACACAUUGAAUGUGAUGAGACUUUGCAUGACAGACAAACGCAUGGUAUGUUUAUGGAUACGUGUCUUCAGCCAGUUGAUUUAGGCCAAGAAAUCUUAGAUCAAUAUGAUAACAUUUUAAAUAUAGCUCCUGCAGAAGGUAACAAUCCCAUUCGGUUACUUUCUGACAAAAGUAAUGAGGCCAAAAGCUUUCCAGCAUUGUUUCCAAUGGGGGGUCCAACUUUUCAUGAUUUUAGAAAUCAGCGGCUUACACUGUCACGCUAUUUUAACAAUCGUAUUCUGAGUGCAGAUAAAAGGUUUGCUAAUAAUAAUGAAUACAUCUUUUAUGCCCAGUACAUGAGUGAAGUAGAACAGGUUUCAUCUAGCAUAUCAAUAGCAAUGCGCAAAGGCCACAAUUCAAACACAUCUAGGGAAUUUUCUGCAGAGUUAGUGAAAGAUAGGCAAACCCUAAAGCAGUUUCUGAACUGUGAUGAUGGUUAUAGGUUUCUUCGACCCAUCAGAGGAACUCCUGUGUAUUGGUCAGGUGUUCAAAAGGAUUUGUUUGCCAUGGUAAGACAGCUUGGCAUACCAACAUUUUUUUGUUCCUUCAGUUCAGCAGAUAUGAGAUGGGACAAUUUAUUACAAAGCAUGCUGCAACAGGAAGACAGGACUGAUAGUGUAGACAGUUUAGAUUGGGCAGAUAAAUGUGGCCUAUUGCGGCGUAACCCAGUCAUAGCAGCACGCAUGUUUGAUUUUAGAUGGCAUACAUUUUUGAAUAAAGUAAUUUUGUCACCCAGUAAUCCGAUAGGUAGAGUAGUGGAUUACUUUUAUCGUGUCGAGUUUCAGCAAAGAGGGAGUCCCCAUGUACAUGCAAUGUUUUGGGUGGACAAUGCUCCCCAAAUUGAUAAAGAUAAUGACAAUGAUGUGGUAAAAUUCAUAGACCAAUACAUAUCAUCUGAAUUACCGAGCAAUGACAGUGAACUUGUUGAAAUUGUCUCAACUGUUCAAAUGCACAGCAGGAGGCAUUCAAAAACGUGUCGAAAGCGUAACAGUGUAUGUCGUUUUAAUUUUCCGAGACCACCUUCAAAUAAAACCUUUAUUUCUAGAAAAAAAAGAGAAGAGGAAUCAACUAAAAAGUGCAGUUGCAGUGCAGUUUCAUGUGCAUGUUCUUGUGAAGUUUCAAAUAAGAUCAUGAAUAAAGAACAGGCAACAAAAAUAUUAGCUAUGGUAAAGUCAGCUAUAUCUACAGACACAAAUACUAGUAGUACAGUUUCUGAGUUGUUUGACAGUAUUGGUAUUGACCAAGAAAAAUUUGAACUGGCGUAUAACAUUGCUGGCAAAAAAACUCAAGUUGUUCUGAAAAGAGAAAUUACAGAUUUGUGGGUAAAUCCCUAUAAUAAAAAUUUACUAAAGGCUUGGAAUGCUAAUAUGGAUAUUCAGUAUAUAGUAGAUGCAUAUGCAUGCAUUGUAUACAUCAUUUCAUACAUUUCCAAGGCUGAAAAAGAAAUGGGAUUGUUAUUAAGUGCUGCCCAUCGUGAAGCUUCAAAGCACAACAAUGUUGAUGUAAAAGGCACAUUGCAACAAUUGGGCAGUGUUUAUUUACAUAAUCGGGAUGUAGGUGCUCAAGAAGCAGUGUAUAGGCUCACAAAUAUGCACCUAAAAGAAGCUUCACGUAAAGUCGAGUACAUACCCACAGGAGAUCAUUGUGUUCGCCUGAGUUUACCGCUAAAAGUACUUCAGCAAAAAGCACAGUCAAAUGAGCUUACUGAAAAAGCCAUGUGGAUGACAAACCAUGUUGAUCGUUAUAAAGCAAGGCCAGUAAGAGACCCCUUUCAGAACAUGUGUAUAGCAGUAUUUGUGUCUCAAUAUCGUGUUGUGGGCAGAACAGAGAAGUGUGCAGACAAAAUUCAGCUGCAAAACAAUGCAGGGUUUGUUAAAAAAAGAACUAGAUCAAAGCCAGCGAUAGUCAGAUACGCAAGAUUCUCGGUUGAUUCCAACCCAGAAAAAUAUUAUCAGAGUAUUUUGCAAUUAUUCUUGCCAUACCGCUGUGAAAAUGACUUAAAACCAGCUGACUUCCCAACAUUUGAACUAUUUUAUCACAAUGGCCAAUAUGAAUUAAAUGGCACUGUACAAUAUGUCAAAAAUGUAGUGGAUGCUAAUAAGCAAUUAUUUGAGAAAGACGAUGAAAUUCUUGCUCAAGUUCAGCAUGUUGUAGUUGAUAAUGGUAAUUUAGAAGAUGCAUGGUGUGAGAUGUGUCCGGAGCAAGAGGCAGAGCGCUUAGAAUGCCAGGAGGAAAAAACACAAAGACCAGUAGAGGCUGAGGAGCAUGUAGAUAAAAUUCCUGAUUUAUCUGUUCAAAGUAGAAAGAACAAUUGUUUUGAACGUAAUCUAAAUGUACUAUGUAGAUCAGAUGCUCUGAAUCUGCUGAGGUCUCUUAACUCUGAGCAAAAAGACACAUUUUAUCAAGUAAGACAGUGGUGUUUAGAGAAAGUUAGAGGGAAACAGCCAGAGCCUUUCCAUAUGUUCAUUACUGGAGGUGCAGGAACAGGGAAGACACACUUAAUCAGGAGUAUUCAUUAUGAAGCAACCAGGCUUUUAUCCCAGGUUUCAAGUGCUCCAGACAAGGUUUCAGUGCUAUUAACAGCUCCUACUGGAAUUGCUGCAUUUAAUUUGGAAGCUGGGACAAUUCAUUCAACAUUUUCAAUAGGGACAGAUGUAAAACUUCCCUACACACCUUUAGGAGAAGAAAAAUUUAAUACGUUGCGUGUUUUAUUAAGUGAUUUACAUAUAUUGAUCAUAGAUGAGAUUUCUAUGGUAGAUCACAAUCUUCUAGCUUACAUUCAUGGUAGAUUACGACAAAUAAAGCAGACAGGCGACUACUCUCCAUUUGGGAAAGUUAGUGUAAUUGCAGUAGGAGACUUUUUUCAGCUGCCUCCAGUAAAGGGUAAACCACUAUACUUGGAAAAUGCCCCAUUAGAUUUGUGGAAUGGCAUGUUUUCUAAGUCAGAGUUAACCACCAUUGUAAGACAAAAAGACUCUGCUUUUGCCGAAAUUCUGAAUAGGCUACGUACACAUCACAGGUCUACACCAUUAUCACUGCAGGAUGUGAAGACACUUAAACAGAGGGAAACUGGGGAAACAACUUCUGCGCUGCAUAUUUUUGCAACAAAUGCUCAGGUAGAAGAGCAUAAUGUUAAGCAAAUUAUUGCAUUUUGCCCUGAACAUAUUUGUGUAGAGGCACAAGAUUAUGAAAAAAAUCGGCAAACUGGAAAAAUGCAGCUUAAAAACGGACACUUUUCUAAAGUAUUUAAUUCAUGCUUACCAGAAAAGUUGUUAAUAGGAGAAGGUGCACGAGUAAUGCUAAUUAAAAAUAUUGAUGUUACCGAUGGGCUUGUGAAUGGUGUCUGUGGUACUGUUACAGACAUAGCACAUGAUAAAAAUAGCACAUUGGUGAAAACUGUGUUUGUUCAGUUUGAUGAUCAAAAAGUUGGACAAAAUACAAGAAAACGUAUACCACCACCUAGACACAUACUGCAUUCAACACCAGUUAAUUUGGAAGAGGAGCGAGUUAACAGCAAGGGAGGAUUGCGCAAACAAUUUCCAUUAAAGUUAGCUUGGGCUUGUACUGUGCAUAAAGUGCAGGGACUAACGGUAAAACAAGCUGUUGUAUCACUCAAAAAGAUUUUUGCACCUGGACAGGCUUAUGUUGCUUUAAGUCGAGUAGAGACUUUAAGUGGGUUAAUCAUUCAGGAUUUUGCUAAUAAAGCAAUUUAUUGCAGAAGUAAUAUCCAGGAAUGUAUCAACAACAUGGCACAAUUUUCAUUAUAUAAUGUCAGUCCAAUUAAAACGCAGAACUCUUUUUCAGUUUUUUUAAUGAAUGUUCAGGGUCUAAGCUGUCAUUUGUUAGAUUUAACUGCUUCCGUCCAACCCUUUAAUUAUAAUUGUAUAGCUGUUACAGAGACUUGGCUACCUGCAAAUGUAUCAGGUGACUCCACUCACAUUGAAGGUUACCAAUUUCAUAGUGCUCCACGUUGUCUUGCUUACAAUUCAGACAACCCUCUGUUAAAAUCAAUUCAACAACAAAAAAAUGGGGGUGUUGGAAUAUACUGCAAGCAUAACAUUGAUUACACUAUUUUAGACAUUUCAGGUGUAAAUGUAGAAUGCAUGAUAUGUCAAUUCAACAAACUUGACAUAAUCGUAGUUGUGAUAUACAGACCACCACAGUAUCAAUUAUCCUUAUUUCAAAAAUACAUCACUAAAUUAUGUAAUACAUUAAGCAAUUUGUCAGAUAACAUCUUCAUAAUUGGUGACUGGAACCAUGAUGAACUUAAAACUCAAGCUAUGUCUACAUUUAUGGCAAAUCUAGGCUAUUCACAGUGUGUAACAGAAUGUACCACUGAAAAUGGAACGCUAAUUGAUCAUGUGUACAAGAAAAUAACAUCUAAAUAUAUUAUCAAUACACAAGUUAUGCCAGUGUAUUUUAGUUCACAUGAAGCAAUUUACUGUACAUUUUCACAAACAUAAGCAUUCCUUUAAAUUAUAAACACCAUCCAACACUAAUAUAAUGUGUACGUUUUAAGCAUAGUCCAAUUAUCUUGUGUCAACAAAUAGGUAUCUAGGUAAUGUAAAUGUAUACAGCUGCAGAAUUAUUAAUUUUUAUUAUUAUUUAUUUAUUUAUUUAUUUAUUUAUUUAUUUAUUUAUUUAUUUAUUUAUUUAUUAUUUAUUAAUAGGUCUGCGUACUUGGUGGUUGAGACAAUGGACCAUGAACAUAGUGUUAGACUGUGCUUCUGGAUCCUUGUGAAACCAGUACCAGACUAUAACUGUUGCUGUGUUCUGUCCACAACAACAAUAAAACCUAAAAAUAUGAACUUAAAUAUUUAUAUUAUGAUCUUUAACAGUACUUUUACUAAUUGGUGUGUUCUGCCCACAACAACACUAAAACCCUAAGAAACUGCUCUUAAAUAUUUAUUAUUUUAUGAUUUGACUUUAAUUAAUUAUCUUUAUCUAAUGCUAAGUAGGUCUGCGUACUUGGUGGUUGAGACAAUGGACCAUGAACAUAGUGUUAGGCUGUGCUUCUGGAUCCUUGUGAAACCAGUACCAGACUAUAACUGUUGCUGUGUUCUGUCCACAACAACACUAAAAACCUCAAAAUAUGAACUUAAAUAUUUAUAUUAUGAUCUUUAACAGUACUUUUACUAAUUAGUGUGUUCUGUCCACAACAACACUAAAAACCUCAAAAUAUGAUCCUAAAUAUUUAUAUUAUGAUUUUUAACAGUACUUUU